ACGCGCAGCAACAUGUCGAAGCCAAACGCCGUUCACGAUGAAGACCCCCAGGCCUUGAAGGAUGACCUGCCUAUUGACCCACCGCACGUGCCCUUGACUGAGAAGGAGAACAAACGCAUUUGUCACAAGACCGACCGUACCAUUCUCCUUGUUCUUAUCUGGGUCUACUUUCUACAGAUUCUCGACAAGACCGUCCUUGGAUAUGGAGCCACAUAUGGAAUGGAGACCGAUACAGGGUUGACAGGAAACCAAUACUCGUUGAUUGGCUCCAUUGCCCCUAUCGCUCAACUGUGCUGGCAGCCGUUCUCCUCCUACCUCAUCGUCAAAGUUCCUCCGAAGAUUCUGAUGCCGAUUCUGUGUCUUGGCUGGGGUAUUGCUCAGGCGUGCAUGGCCGCUUGCCACAACUUCAGCGAGUUGAUGGCUGCUCGCUUUUUCCUCGGACUCUUCGAAGCGGGAUGUUUGCCACUCUUCGGUAUCAUUACUAGCCAAUGGUACCUUCGAUCGGAACAGCCAAUUCGUAUCGCAGCUUGGUAUGGCACCAAUGGUCUAGCUACUAUUGUGGCCGCUGCUCUGUCUUAUGGUUUAGCGCACAUUAACUCGGAUAUUCUAGCGUCUUGGCAAAUUAUCUUCCUAUUUGUAGGUCUAGUGACUAUAGUCUCCGCUCCGAUCGUCUACUGGCGCCUGGACAACGACGUCAGCACUGCUCGAUUCCUGAACGAAACCGAAAGGCUCCAGGGUAUGGAACGUCUCCGCGCCAACCAAACGGGUACUGGAUCCACAGAUUUUAAGCUCAGUCAUGUCUACGAAGCCGUCCUCGAGCCCAAAACAUACUUGUGGAUCAGUAUGGCAAUGUUACUAAACAUCGGUGCCAGCGUGACCAACACAUUUGGUCCCUUGAUUAUUGGCGGCCUGGGCUACGGUAAAUACCGCACCAGCCUAUUGACAAUGCCAUUCGGAGCGAUGCAACUUAUCGCUAUCUUGGUUUCCAGCUGGCUGGCUCAGACUGCUCGUGUCAAGGGAGCCAUUCUCGCAACAUUCAUGCUUCCUGUGAUCGCUGGCCUGGCCAUUCUAUAUGCUGUGCCACGAACAGACGCGAACCAAGGUGCCCUUCUCGCAGGAUAUUACUUGCUUGCGUUCCUAUUUGGCGGAAAUCCAUUGAUCGUCACCUGGAUUGUUGGUAAUACUGCAGGAAGUACCAAAAAGUCGGUUGCCAUGAGUCUAUACAAUGCGGCUACCUCUGCUGGCAACAUUGUUGGCCCAUUGUUAUUUGACUCAAAGGAUGCCCCGGACUAUCACCCGGGUCUGCGUGCUUGUUUGGGAAUUUUUUGUGCUUUGGCGUGCGUUGUCCUUAUUCAGUGGGGUAAUCUGUGGUUCCUCAACAAGCAGCAAGCUCGUCGCCGUGUUCGUAACGGUAAGAGCGCUAUCAUCGUUGAUCAUUCGAUGCAAUCUCACUUCCAUGGUGUUGAGGAAGGUAAUAUGGAUGGUGUGACUCAUGCUGGUACGCAGGCGAAUCAGGAUAUUACUGAUAGGGAGAAUGAUGAGUUUGUAUAUAUUUAUUAG